CACCAGAGAUGGCGCCGCGGCUUCAAGCCCCGCCCCCGAAGCCCCGCCCCCCGCGCGGGGCACGCCGGGAGCGGGGAUUCCCCAGCUCGUGAGGCGCGGGAAGCACCGGAGGGGUCCCGCGGGGCCGCCCCUCCCCCGCCAUGGCCGAGGAGCUGGAGCCGCUGCUGGAGGGGGAGGGGUUCCUGGACCUCUGGAACAUGCUCCCCAAUAACAUCAACUCCAUGCCCGAGGAUCUGCUGGAAUGGCAGCUGAGCCCCCCGGAGGCGGGGGAGGGGCCGGGGGUGGGGGAGGGGCCGGGGGUGGGGGAGGGGCGGGCGCUGCCCCCGCCCCCCGCGGAGCCCCCGCCCCUCCCCCCCUCGGCCGUGGUGCCCUCCACCGAGGACUACGGGGGCGAGCACGACUUCCGGCUGGAGUUCCGCGAGACCGGCACCGCCAAGAGCGUCACCUGCACCUACUCGAAGGCCCUGAACAAGCUGUUCUGCCGCCUGGCCAAGCCGUGCCCGGUGCAGGUGCGGGUGGGGGUCCGCCCGCCCCCCGGGGCGCUGCUCCGCGCUCUCGCCGUCUACAAGAAAUCCGAGCACGUGGCCGAGGUGGUGCGGAGGUGCCCCCACCACGAGAGGGCCGGCGGCGGCGGUGAGACCCCAAAUGGGGGAGGGGGACCCCCAAAAAUGGGAGGGGGGGACCCCAAAAAUGGGGGGGGAUGCCAAAAAAAAUCGGGGAAAAUUGGGGGAAAAUUGCAGAGGUGCCCCCCACCACGAGAGGGGCGGCGGCGGCGGUGA